CACUGCGCGGCAGUGCAUGUGUCGUGUUUCCGCGCUCCAUCCCUUGCCUCUCCUACGUGAAUGUAAUCUCCGCGGUGCGUCGUAGCGUGCCCGCCUUGAUAGCGCAUCCAAUUAUCCUCGAUCAUCGCUAAUAUCUCAUCGCUCUCACCGGUCACUCCCCAUCCAGGCGGCACCUCCAUAUCGCCAGGAGAACCAGACGACCAUCUGCUAACCGAUCCGCAUCGGUUAGGCCUACAGUAGCAGAAGAUCAACUAUUGUGGUCAAGUGGACUUACGGCUUCCGGAGGUCAUGGAGGGUUUUUCCACAGAAUCCUGACACGACUACGAGAGGUUAGGCGAAUGUUUCAAUUCAAGAUGCUGCCCAGAUGAGAAGAGGUUAGCGGGACUUUUAAGAGCUUCUUAGCUCCGUCGACUGGACGACUUUACUGUGUGCGUUGUCUCGUGAUCGGGAUUAAGAUCCUGAGAAUGGGAAGAAGGGAGUGGCGAUUUGUGCAUGGUCGCAGGCAAGAACCCACUUCGAGCUUCCAGCUUGGAGUAUGCAAUGGAACCACGCCGACUGAAGGCGAAGAAUUGCUUAACGACGCCAAGCUCAAGAGACCGGGACCACCGCCCAUGCAAGAUGGUGCAGACUACCUCAAUGCAGGGGAAGAGGACCAGAUGGAGAUAUCCGGGUACCGGCAGGACCCAUGCCUGACAUUUCUAACCUGGUGCGGCAUCGUCUGCUCCGUGGGUCUCCUGCGACUCGUGUUCCAUUGGCACCCAUCCUGGAUGCUCCUAUGCACUCACCGCCGCUGCCGACUAGACCGGGCUACGAAAGUGCUUCUUGUGGACCAGUACAAGCAGGUGUUUGUUGAGGCCGUGCGGACAGUACGUCCUUCGGACAUCGAUGUGUCCGCAAUGCUGUCUGUAACGGGCAGAUCAGACCACACGUAUGACGGACCGAUCACGCUAAAUCAUCUCGUCACUCCCAGGCCAGGUGGCGUGAUGGAGCCGACCGAUAGCUUGGUAUACUUUGAGAACAACAAAGUCAAAUAUUUAUGGGAAAGAGAAGUUCAAGGAUUUAUGAAAUUAAGAGGCUUUGAUAAAAAUGUUGAAUGCUCCUAUUUGCAUCAGCAGAGAGGAAUUCCAGUCCAAGAAGAAAUUGUAAGACGUAUACUAUAUGGGGAUAAUGCAAUUAAUGUCCAAAUACAGUCAGUCUUUCGUAUCCUCUUUCGUGAGGUUCUUGAGCCCUUUUAUAUCUUUCAAGUGUUCAGUUUGGCUGUUUGGUUCAGCGAUAACUACUACUACUACGCCUCGUGUAUCAUCAUCAUGUCAGCGCUCUCUCUCAUCACAGGCGUCUACCAGAUCCGCUCUAAUCAAAAAGCCCUGCACAGCACUGUGCAUGCAACGGAUAUUGUGACUGUAAAACGAGACUCCGGAUUGCUUGAGACGGUCCCUUCUGAACAUCUGGUGCCGGGGGAUGUGAUUAUUGUACCACGCAAAGGGUGCUUGAUGCAGUGUGAUGCAGUUCUUACUGCCGGAAACUGCAUUGUGAACGAGAGCAUGUUGACGGGAGAAAGUGUCCCUGUCGUAAAAACACCACUGCCUACUUCAAGUACGAUGAACAAAGGACGCAUCUACCAUCCCAAGGAACAUGCGCGGCACACGCUAUUCUGCGGUACCAAGGUCAUUCAGACACGUUUCUAUGGAAACGAGAACGUCGAGGCCGUUGUCGUCAGAACUGGUUUUCUUACAGCCAAGGGAGAACUAGUCCGAUCCAUCAUGUUCCCGAAACCUGUAGAUUUCAAGUUCAAUCGGCACAUUCGACACUUCCUCCUCUUUUUGGCUGGUUUGGCAAGCAUUGGUUUCACGUACACCAUUGUGUUGAAGAGCUUGCGCAAAGUACCCGUCGACCGUAUAAUCAUUCGUGCCUUGGACAUAGUGACGAUUGUGAUUCCGCCAGCACUGCCCGCCGCCAUGACCAUAGGAAUCGUGUUUGCGCAAUCGAGGCUUCGACGAGCCCUGGUCUACUGCAUCUCUCCGCGCUCCAUCAACACGUCGGGCUGCGUCAACUGUUUCUGUUUUGACAAGACGGGCACCCUCACAGAGGACGGCCUCGACCUGUUCGGGGUUGUGCCGGCGUCGGGUGGCAAGUUUCACAAAGAACACCGUGACCCAAGAGAGCUGGCGACGGAUUCUCAAUUCCUAAUGGGCAUGGCCACUUGCCACUCGUUGACAAUGAUCGACGGGCAAUUGUCGGGGGACCCGCUCGACCUCAAGAUGUUUGAAGCAACUGACUGGGUGCUGGAAGAGCCGGACAUCGAGGAUAACACCAAGUACGACGUAAUUACACCGACCGUGGUCCGUCCAAAUAAGAAACGUCCCUCCAGCGAUGUCAUUGAAGAUCCUAGCAAGGUGGAACACUUAGAAGUAGGCAUAGUACGAGAGCUUCCAUUUUCGUCCAGUAUGCAGCGCAUGAGCGUAGUAGCCCGGGUGCUCGGAGCAUCUCACUUCGACGUGUACUGCAAGGGCGCUCCGGAGACUAUAGCAUCUCUUUGCAAGACUGACUCAGUGCCUUCUGAUUUUAGUGAGGUCCUGACAUCGUACACGCAACGUGGCCACAGAGUGCUGGCACUGGCUCACCGUCCCCUCACAGCCAAUUUUGCCAAAGUGCAUCGCAUCGCACGAGAGGAAGUGGAGUGUGGGCUCACGUUCCUCGGUUUGCUAGUCAUGGAGAACAGGCUCAAACCGGAAACAACCGGAAUCAUCCAGGUCUUGCAGGAUGCCAACAUACGUUCCAUCAUGGUCACCGGGGACAACAUGCUGACUGCACUGAGUGUGGCACGAGACUGUCACAUGAUCGGAAAGCACCAACAAGUUGUGAUCGUGUCCAGCAAUGCAGACGUCACAAACCUUGGCACUCCUGCAUUAUCGUGGCAGUCCACUGAUGUGCACCAGAAGCACGUGGACGGUGACUUACCUCACACCGUUAGCAUUCCCAUCAAGGUCCAUCCCCACCUGGCAGUCACUGGCAAGACGUUUGCUGUGCUUCGGGAGCAUCAUCCGGAUGCCUUGCGGAGGGUUGCUGUGUAUGGAACUGUGUUUGCUAGGAUGGCACCAGAGCAGAAACAACAAUUGGUGGAACUUCUGCAAGAAGUGGGGUACUAUGUGGGCAUGUGUGGUGAUGGUGCUAACGACUGUGGGGCGCUGAAGGCGGCCCACGCUGGAAUCUCGCUUGCGGAAACUGAAGCUUCCGUGGCUUCGCCGUUCACAUCGAAGGUGGCGAACAUUUCGUGUGUGCCGACGCUUAUCAAAGAAGGCCGUGCUGCAUUGGUGACGUCGUUUGGCAUUCUCAAGUACAUGGCAUGCUACAGCAUGACCCAGUUUACGUCUGUGGUUAUCCUGUACAGCUUGUACAGCAACCUGACCGACUUGCAGUUCCUCUACGUUGAUCUCUUCCUCAUCACUCUCUUUGCUGCCGUCUUUGGACGUACGCGUCCUUCCCCUGUCCUGGACAAGAGUCCUCCGCCGUUGAGUCUGAUGGGCCUCACUCCGCUCGUCUCCAUACUUAGUCAGAUUCUUCUAGUCGUACUUGCUCAGAUGAGUGGUGUCCUUCUUCUCUGGCGACAGUCCUGGUAUCAACCGCACAUUCAAGUUGACGGCGGGGAUGAGGAUGAGGAACUUGCCUGUCAAGACAACUAUGUGGUGUUUGCUGUGUCCGUUUUCCAAUACAUAACUUUAGCUGUGAUAUUCUCAAAGGGUCAUCCCUACCGGAAAACCAUAUUUUCAAACUAUUGGUUUUUGUCUUCUCUGGUGUUAAUGACUGCCAUGACACUCUACUUGGUGCUGUACCCAUCACAAUUUCUCGUCAACGCAUUCGACUUUUUCGUGAAAGACGUAAACCUGGAAUUCAGGGCAGCAUGCGUUGGUCUUGCGGCAGCUCACUUUGUGAUUGCGUACAUCACAGAGACCUACCUCGUGCAGGGCUUACUUUUCAAGAAGGUGCAGCUGAGGUUCUUCAGCGGAAGCCCAGCCUACCGUCAGCUUCAGGAGGAAUUUGAGCUGCAAAGCAGCCCUGACCCCUGGUGGUACCCUUCGACCGGAUAUUCAGCCAUCAUCUCUUCGCCCUCGAUGGAGGCCGGAGAUUACAGCCAGCCCGCUUGUGCCUUACAGAAGAACGGUGACGCACCGUCUGCCAAGCCGCAGUGGAACGGCAUUGCUGCUGUGAAGGGCAUCGAAACCAUAAACACGGUGAACAGCGAAUACAGCGAAAAAAAUGAUCCAGAUUUGUACGUCACACACAUGUGAGAACAUCGCGGUUCGCAUUCGAGGUUGAAGAGGUCUGUGUCUGCUCCUUGUUAUCGGUAACUAUGAAGGAAGAGUGGUUUACGGAGGUGGCGUUGAAUUUUGAUGAAGUUGAUACGCAAGGGCCUGGUGAAGUUGAUACGAAAGGGCUAUGAAGUGGCUCGACUUGCUAGACAUGGAAAAGGUUGACAGAGUUGCUGUAAUGGCAGUUGUGUCGGUAGUUACGGUGUUUGACAAAAUUUCAAAUUUCGGCUUCGAAGGGGAUAUAAUUUGAAAUCGGCAUAGAGGCAUUUGCUGCCAAUGCACAGCAGGUACGAAACUGUCAUUCCCUAAGAGGGCUACGUGUAUAGUAGUGGGAGGGGGGCAUUUGUAAAAAAAAAAAAAAAAAAAAAACUGCUGCAGAAGUUAUUUUCCAAAAGAUAUUUGAGGGUCCAAGUCUCCAUGAAACAGCCGCAGCAGUAUCUCUCAUACCAUUAGGGCUACUACUGCAAAGAUUAGGUUAUGCUGGCUACGGGGCUGUUGAGGUUGACUUCUUACCGUAGCACUGGGUUGAAACGCACUUCCGCAUAAAGCAGCCGGAGCACUGUACUUUCACUGCAGUUGUUGCACAUUCCUGCAAAAUGUAAAAAAAAAACACAUUGUAGUUCAAGUGCCUGCCAGAGCGAAUCGUGUCUCUGCAUAUUUUGCACCAUUGGACACUCAGUGCCGCAAAAUAUGCUACAAAAUUGCAUUGCCUUGAGAGAAGAAAAAAAAAAUGAGACUACAACUCUGCUUUCUUUGACUCGGGUCACAUCCAAGAGAUGCUGGAGGUAGCAUUGAUCAAAAAUCCGGCUGGAAUGUGAGCGUACACGUGGUUGCGUGUGCACGCACGUGCAGCAUAGUGCUUUCUUGCCUUUGAUGUCCCGACAAAAAAAUGUGGAAUACUACGUUCUUUAAACAUAAUGGACAAACGCAAAAGAUAUGCUGUGUGUUUAGUUUGUUUGCGAUGAACAAACGCGAAUAUUGUGUUUGUUUCAUGUUUCAAAAAAAAAAUUGAAUUGUUCCAUAUUGUUUCAAGUAAAUCAACAUGCUCCACACCUCCUUGCACAUUUGGAUGCUAUAUUUAGUUUUUUUCUCAUGCAAGAUCGAAGCAUAGCCGCGUCUGCCGCAGACAAUAAAACCGUAUUUUCGUAUGUUUUACAUGAUGUGAAAAGAGUAGACAGCGCAAGACAUCUGUCAUGCGGUCAUGUUUGUGAAUGCCUGUUUGUGAAGGUUGUAGAGCGCCGACAAGAAUGAUGGGUAAUCUGAUCUCUUCGAAAACUUAACGCAGACCGUUAAUUAUACAAUCUGAUUAUCUUGAGAUUGAAAACGCUUUUGUUGUACUGACAAAGUUGGAAUGCAAAGAACAUAUUUUUUACUCAUAAGAUGUACUUACUGUAUGAUGUUUUUACUGGUAGAAUUUUGGCAGUGUAGGUGACACUAUAAAUUUCGUGAAAAUUUUACCAUUGCGGGUGCUAGAUUACCGACUGCUUUUUUAACACUUGUGCCGAAUUUUAUACUGUAAUAUACCUUACACGAACGCAUUGGAUGGAGUCCUCGGAACUGUACUUGUAAUAUGGUUUGGUUAUUUAUAUAUGCAUAACACAUCAGCUCUGUUGUAAGCCAGCACCAUGUGCAAUGUGACCAAGACAUAAAUGUGACAGAAAACUUAGGAUCUCAAAUUGUUUUAUCUGUUUCUUGCCUGAUAGACCUGCUUGCUCUGCUUCCUAAGGGAAUAGGAGAUAACCAUUUCUCGUCUAUUUUUUAAUUAAGUUACACUUACAAUUAACAUUUGCUGCAAAAGCAGUCAAACUUUGAUAUAACAAACUUUGAUAUAACAAACUUUCAUAUAACAAACUUUGUUAUAACAAACUUUGAUAUAGCAAGCUGUGAGUUUGUUGUAUUGACAUUAAAUGUACGGGGAUGCUUGGGGCCAAAGCUCUUCUGCUUUCACUUCCAACUUGCCAGGUUACUUUUUGAAUUACAUAUUUUCCCCUUUGUUAUUAUACACUUAUUGCACAUUAUUCACUUUGUACGAAACAUAUAUAUACAUGGGGCUUUAUUUGCUUACAGAAUAUUACUUUCUUGUCAGCAUUGGCUCCCAAGAUCGCUAUUUAUUAUGCACCGAGAGAAAAUAUGGUAAAUACAGUAAAUGUCACGUAGCAAUUAUAUAUUUAAAAAGCACAUAAGGUACAGUUGUCUUGCAUCCUAUUUAUUAUAUUUGUUAUCUCUUUGGUUUUUGCCACCAAAUUGGAACAUAGUUCAAUUUAGUUGUUGAAUAUCUAUAUAGAACCAAAGCCUAGAAUGUACAUAAUGAAUAUUAUGUGCUACAUCUAUAUAUACUCUCGGAAAGUACUGCUACAUAUAUGCCUGUCAUUUUUUAUAAAUUUCUAUACUACACGCAACUUCUCAUUCUAAAAAUGUCUUCCCAACUCAAAAGCAAAGACAGAAAAACAAAUGACAAAUUGCUGUAGCAAACAUGACUUCAACUUGACAAGGUUCCACAGCACACAACAUACGUUUCAUCGUGGCAGCAGUACAUAGACAGAGCUAAUACAUAUUUUGACAACUUUUAUACCAUGUAAGUUAACAUAAUCUCAGGGAGAGAUUCAUCUUCCAAACAGGACUCUGUGACUUCAUGAGUGUUACAAGAUAAAAUAGCUCUGGGAUAUCGGUCAUCCUCAACUGUUCUUUUUUUUUGUUUUGUUUUUUCUCUAUAUUAAAAAUGCCAUGCAAAAUGGCCUUGCAGCUCAUGCAUGGAAUUUCUGUUCCAUACAAGUUUAACGUUCUGGGCACCCACUAUCUCCAAAUAAUCAAAAGCUUUGGCGAAAAUAGGGGCUGCAUAUUGUUUUCAUAAUGUGUAACGUGCAGCAAGGCUUGCACUACCCUGUGACGAGUCGUCAUCUCUCUACCAUUUUCUACUGCAAUUGUUUUGCAGCUUGUGGAGGUAUUUAUUCGUUUUUGUGUACAGUGCUUCAUAAAAGAAGUGAAAAUGAAAUAUUUGUAAGAAAAAGAAGAAAAAAAAAGCAUGUUACUGCACAGACUGUGUGGCCUUCUUUAGAUCUGUUUUUGAGGCCCUUUUACGAUCAGAUUUAAUAAAAUGAUGUAUUUAACAAAACUGAA